ACGAGAACUCACCAGAUGCUGCCGCCGUUUCUCCGCCAGCUGUGUGGUUUCAGACCAAGUUUCUUGCCAGGCGGCCGUUACUCCAACCGCCGCUUUUGUUUUAGCUGCCGUUUUCAAGCUCCCAGAGUUCUGGCUGCACGAUUCCACUUGUGCAUAGAUUCAACUAAAGACAAACUAAUACAACUGAAAAAAAAAUGCGAUUCACGGAGUUUGACUUUCAGGACCAAGAAGAGGAGAAACAACGGUCGUGCCAAGAAGGGCCGUGGACAUGUGCAGCCCAUCCGCUGCACAAACUGCGCCCGCUGCGUCCCCAAGGACAAGGCCAUUAAGAAGUUUGUCAUCAGGAACAUUGUGGAGGCAGCGGCUGUGAGAGACAUCUCAGACGCCAGCGUCUUCGACUCUUAUGUUCUGCCCAAGCUCUACGUGAAGCUGCACUACUGUGUCAGCUGUGCCAUCCACAGCAAAGUGGUGAGGAACCGCUCCUGUGAGGCCAGGAAGGACCGAACCCCACCACCAAGAUUCAGGCCCGCUACUGGCGCACCAAGAGCUCCUCCAAAACCAAUGUAAAGUGAAAUCUGAAGAUGCUGUGUUCCUGAAAAAGAAAAUUAAAACAUCUUUACACAACUUGAA